AUGCUUGGGUUACAACAGCUCAGUACCAUCUUUUCUCGAGAUUCGAGCUUAGCACCAACCAGCAGUGCCGGAAGCACUGAACCUAUCGUGACCGGAAGUCAUGGAAUCGAAUCACAAGUCCAUGACUCUACUCUCACUGGCUACGAGCAGGAGAAAAAUGACGAUGCCGAAGCGCCACGAACUUUGGUGCGCCAAUAUACGGAGCUCGGACCGCCUGUUGUGGUGCCACGACUCAAACGAAGAGGACUCUUUAGCCAGCUGGUGCUCAUCGCCGAGAUCGAGGAUCCGAGAACGUAUUCUCGAAACAUGAAAUGGUUCAUCACCUUUAUAGUUGCAACAGCUGGAGUACUUGCACCACUGGGAAGCUCGAUUUUCUUUCCUUCGCUUUCCCAAGUAUCCAACGAGUUAAACACAACACCCACUUUGACCAACUUGUCCAUAUCCUUGUAUAUGCUGGCAAUGUCGAUCUGCCCUCUGUGGUGGUCGUCCCUCAGUGAACGACUGGGGCGAAGGACAAUUUAUCUGACCUCAUUUCUUCUGUUCGUUAUUUUCAAUAUUCUCUGCGCCAUUUCCCACACAAUCGCCAUGUUGAUAAUCAUGCGAAUGCUCAUGGGUGGUGCAGCCGCUUCGGUUCAAGCUGUGGGUGCUGGGACGAUUGCAGACAUGUGGGAGAUUCACGAACGAGGCCAUGCAAUGAGCAUUUUUUACCUGGGGCCUUUGUGUGGACCAUUGCUGGCCCCAAUGAUCGGCGGCCUUUUAGCCCAACGCUGGGGCUGGCGGAGUACCCUGUGGUUCUCUGCCUUCUUUGGUGGUCUCAUAUUUCUCUUUAUUCUUUUCGUUCUGCCAGAAACGUUGAGUGUACAAGAGCCGAUGCUGCCCUCGGUUGAACAAGAUGAAGAUACCUGCAUCAGCCGCUCACUCAGUAUCAUAUCGAGCCACAAGGUAACCACAGUCAGAUGGUUGAAGCUGUUGAAGAUAAACUUCAUCGACCCUUUGAAGAUCGUCUUCUACUUGCAGUACAUCCCGGUGCUCUUGAGUGUGUACUAUGGCAGCAUUGCCUUCGGAUCCCUUUACGUGUUAAAUAUCAGCAUCGCGGACACAUUUAGCAAGCCACCAUACAACUUUGAUACCGUUAUGAUCGGCUGUCUUUACAUUCCAAAUUCCUUGGGUUACUUCAUUGCCAGCACAUUUGGUGGACGGUGGAUGGAUAGCAUCAUGCACCGGGAAGCGAAAAAGGCAAAUCGAUACAAUGAAAAGGGAAGGCUGGUGUUUCUCCCAGAGGAUCGGAUGCGGGAGAACGCUUGGCUCGGCGCUUUUCUAUACCCUGCCGCCUUGAUCUGGUAUGGUUGGACCGUAGACAAAGGAGUCUUUUGGCCAGUACCGAUCAUCGCUAAUUUUUUCUUCGGCAUCGGCUCUGUGCUAAUAUUCAGCAUGGUUACUACUAUGCUCACUGAAUUUAUGCCGAACAAAUCCUCCAUCGGGGUGGCCCUGAAUAACUUUGUGCGAAAUAUCUUUUCUUGCGUGGGCUCCCUCAUCACAGCACCUCUCAUCAAUGCGAUUGGAAACGGUUGGCUCUUCAGUAUUUUCGGAAUCAUUGGAUUUAUUAGCGCCUCUGUCAUCCUUUGCAUGCAGACAUAUGGUCCUCAAUGGAGAUUGAAGAUGGACGAGCAUAUGAAGUCACCUCAGGCGAAAUCCCAUUCG